AUGCCGUUUGGUCCUCGUAAUGCCGCCCAAACGUUCCAGGGGUUCAUCGACCAUGUCUUACGUGGCCUAUCCUUUGUGUACGUUUUCAUUGAUGGCCUCUUGGUGGCCAGCCGGAAUGACGAAGAACACAAAGAACAUCUUGCCUUGAUGUUUGACCGUCUUGACAAGUUUGGCGUUGUCAUCAACCCCUCCACGUGCGUGUUGGGUGUGCCUUCACUCGAGUUCCUCGGCCAUCAGGUCGACUCCGAACGUUUGCGUCCUCUUCCCUCCAAGGUUGAAGCAGUUCGUAACUUUCCUCCUCCAACUUCCAAGCGUCAGUUACAGCGACUCCUCGACAUGGUCAAUUUUUACCGUCGGUUCUUACCGAACUGUGCUGACCUCAUGCUGUCGCUCACCAACAUGCUUUCUGGUCCCAAAGGUCCCCUCGAGCUAACUGGUGAAGCACUGACUGCUUUUGAGAAAAUCAAGAAUUUCCUUGCCGAUGCCACCUUGCACACGCAUCCCGCCCCCGAAGCCCAGCUGUCUCUGAUGGUAGAUGCUUCGACCGUAGCCGUAGGUGCAGUCCUUCAACAACACCUUGCUGGUUCGACUCAACCACUUGCCUUUUUCUCCAAAAAGCUCUUACCAGCUGAGACACGCUACAGUACCUUUGGCCGUGAACUACUUGCCAUUUACCUGGCUGUGAAGCCUUUUCGGCAUUUCCUUGAAGGUCGUGACUUCACUGUUUUCACUGACCCCAAACCGUUGACUUUUGCACUUCGUUCCCACUCCGACAAGUACAAUCCGAGGGAAAUCGCUCACCUGGACUACGUCUCCCAAUUCACCACCGACAUCCGCCACAUUUAUGGCACGAAGAAUGAGGUGGCUGAUAUGCUGUCCAGACCCUCACUGUCUUCCCUCCAACUCACACCAGGGAUUGAUCUUUGUGCCAUGGCGGCUGAGCGAAAGCGAGUCGGUUGUCCUGGCGACGAGUCUAUUAGUGGUCUCCUACUCAAAGACGUUCCUCUGACCACCAGCUCUGGUACCAUACUUUGUGACGUCUCAGCUCCCUUUCAUCGCCCUUUCGUGCCCGCCUCGAUGCGUCGAGCUGUAUUUUAA